AUGUUGACUCGCUUCGCGAGCCGAAAACUGAAGAGGCACCGUAGUGCUUCACCAUCGCCAUCUAGGCAGGCUUCGUCUGCGGAAGAAGGCCAGGCUCAGGUAGCUGAGGCCACCAUUUCUCAGCCAUCAACACGGCCAACGACACCACGCCGAAGCGCGAAGCGAGUGCGCGUUUCGGAUCCUGGGCCCUCUACUACUAGGGCUGCUACCCAGGGAAACAACACCGGGUUGACCCCGGCCAUCUCUCGCACCACUAUAAACGCGUCGGAUGUUAAUCCGGAGCCUGCGACGCCGAGCCGUCGUCGCCGUCGUCGUGGUGUUGGACCACGGCGAUCAGCGCCGCUGGCCAGACAGGGCAAUAAUAAUAUCUUGAUCGACCCGGUUCUCCCAUACAGUGACAACAAUGGCAACGCUCCAGUCAACAUUCAGUUUACGCCACUGCGCCAAAGGCUUGAGAACAGGAUGCGGCGCAGGCUUUUCCGGUCUGGCCUUAGCGAUCAUAUGAAUGUUCUUGAACAUGAGGAUCGAGACUUUAAGAGAGAUAUUGCGCAGCUCAAACAGGAAUUGGAGGAGAGACAGGCGGUCCAAAAUAUUGCGGCCGCUCAACCCGACCAAUUCGACACCAUGGUGGUAGAUGACAGCAUCAUGGACGAGGAUAUCUUGAUGUCAAAUUCUCCCAUCUUACGACUAUCUCAUCCAGAUGAACCCUCUGUGCAAGGGCCCAUCGAUACAGCUACAUACCCGGUCAUCAUAGAAGAAGAUGUGACUAGAGAAGCGACACCCCAAGAGCAGACCGCAUUCGAACUGCAACGAGUUUCUGCUGAUCUCGAAGACGGACAACAACAAAAGGAAAAUUUCUUCAAACAUUGGCAACGAUUGCAAGACACCGAGAUAGGCACUGCAAUCUGUUCCACGCUGCCUCAAGUACCAGAAACACCAGAUGAGCUAAUGCACCUGGGGAUGACAAUUAUGGAAUUCAUGUUUCAACAAUUUUACGAUGCGAUGAAGUCCCUGGAAGAGACACGAAUCGCAAUUUCAAACAUGGGGUUUGCGGGAAACAAUGUCGAAGAAUUGCUGUACAACAUGCACGAGGCCUUCUUCUCUGCCCAUCGAUAUCUAGAAAGUCUUGUGCCUGAAGGUACACUAUCGGACCCUAGUAACGGCAAGGCAACCCUGGAUGAUCUUCUGACGCGGCUAAAGGAAGUUGCCGAAGGAUUUGUGAAGGUGCAACACGAUAAGCAAAUUCUCACAAAUGACUACAAUAGCAUAACACAGCAAUAUAACGACACCCUUCGUAUCGUCCAGCAACAGACAGCACAGAUAGAAGAUCUAACGAGAGGGGUGGCGGCUACGACUGAACAAAACCAGAGUUUGGCACAGGACAUGCUGCACAAUAGGAUGCUAGUUCAGAGACUAGAGAACGAUAUCCAUAGAAAGGACACCGCCCUUGAGAGGUUUAAAACAAGCCUUGCGAAAUACCACGAAGAAAACAGGAGAUAUCAAGAAACCAUCGAGCAUCUAGAGCAAACUUUCAAUACUGGCGCCGAACAGUAUGAAAUGCGGAUAGCCGAGUUAGAGACUCAGGUAAUAGCUAGACAGGAAGACUUCCGUCGAAGAUAUGAAGGGCAGUUAACAGUGACCACCCGGCAACAAGAUGAUGAGCAGCCCCAGGCCGAGGUUCACUCUCUCGAAGAACAAAUUACCGAGACUUCGGAAGAGCAAGACGAGAAGCUAAAAAGCUUCCAGGUGCAGACAGAACAGCUAGAAAAGCUGUCACAAGCUCUUGCCGAGACCCGAGAACUGGCCGCAAGACUGGAGCGCGCCAACGAAUCCCUCGCUAGCCAAAUCGAGUCUCAAGCGCAAGAUUUCGAGGAACUGUGUUCUAAAUACGAUGCAGUUAUCCCAGAAGAACACAAAGGGUCCAUCGCAGAGACACAACGGAUAGUGGAAACGAAGUUUUCCAACUGGAGCUCUGAAUACCAGAGGCUUCUGCCAGGCGAGGCACACAACGCUGCCACACCACAAAGCGAACCGCCGACUCCAUUUUGGCGCGGAGCUACAGACCAGGGCACGAACGUGUUGGAUACUCCGGGCUCCGUUACGUCGGAUGAUACCGAUUCGGGGCUUCCUUUUCCUUUGCCUGGGAGCGAGGCUACCACGCCUUCUCGUCGCCAUUUGUUUAGCAACAUUCGCGUCGGGCGUGGAAAGGACCAUCGCAAUCUUGACAGUGGCAUUGGCCUUUCCAGUGAAGCUGGUUUUGGCCAGACAGGGCCUCGAUCUCCCCCAAAACGCCGCGGAGGCUUGUUCGGGUGA